UAGCAAAAAAUCACAAAAUAAUCAACACUGGACCGGCAUUCACAAAAACAUGACUCACGCAAAAACCAGAGGUUUCCAUCCUAAAAAGUAAACUGAAAAGAAACAAUUUUUCAGCUGCAGUUAAUAACACGUAAAUUUCGUAUUAAAUCAACAAAAAUAAAAUAUGGCAGAUCCUCGUCUCAGGCAGUUGUCAAUCAAAACGGGUGUUGUUAAACGUUUGACCAAGGAGAAAACCGUAUACGAGAAGGAAGUUUUAACAGAAAGGAAACGUUUGGAUAAAUUUAAGAAUGAAGGAGCUGAUGAACAUGUUUUAAAGAAACAAGAAGAAGUUAUACAGGAAUGUCUAAUGAUGCUGCCCGAUUCCAUGAGAAGGUUACAAAAAGAGUUAGAAGUUUUGGAUAAGUUUUUACAAGAAGAAAAAGAUUUGGAAGAAUCAAAAGAAUACGAAGCAGCCAGUUUAGUUGUUAAGGAAGCUAAAGAAGUAUUAGCCAAAUCCACUUAAGAGACAGAUUAAAGUCUUUCUCUUGCUUAAUUUCCACUAAUUUUAAAACACUACUUAGGCAUUUACAUACAUAUACUUUAAUGAUUUUAUUUAUAAUCUAUAACUUUUUUAACUCAUGCAAAUAACUAAUUUUUAAGCAAUUAAAAAAAUCUCAAA